AUGAACAAGACAUCCCACACCGAGGAGCCCCUCGAGGGUGACGGCUACAACCAAAGCCCGAACCCAAACUCCAGUGACCUGACCACCAACGAGGACUUCAACGGCCUCGUCAACAUUCGGGCCGUUCGAGAAAGCGACACUAACGCAGUGUCAAAUGCGGCCUCGAAUGUCCCAGGUCAAAUAGCCAGUGAUGCUCCUACCGAAAGCGACGGCCACGGCAAGGCCACCUACCGGCUGGCUCAGCGAUCAAUUGAUCGCGGCCAGUCCACUGAGGGUGGUCUGCAGACACCUGCAGCCGCCCACCCCUCGGGUUCUCCUCCAGCUUCAGCUGGUGGUGACGCCGACCCGGGCACGCUGAUCCAGCGCGCCCGGAAGAUGCUCGCUACCUUUGGCUCCUUCAUCGGGCCGGGCUUUAUGAUUUCGGUUGCGUACAUUGAUCCGGGCAAUUACUCGACCGACAUUGCCGCAGGAGCCUCGUACCGCUUCCGUCUAUUGUUCAUCGUUCUCCUGUCCAACUUGUUUGCUAUUUUCCUCCAGAGCCUGGCAAUCAAGCUCGGCACCGUCAGUGGUCUGAACCUCGCCGAGGCAUGUCGCGCGUUUCUCCCGCGCUGGCUCAACUACAUCCUGUACGCCUUUGCCGAGGCUGCCAUUAUUGCCACCGAUAUAGCAGAGGUGAUUGGAUUUGCCAUUGCAUUGAACCUUCUGAUCCCUAAGGUACCGCUGGUCGCAGGAUGCGCUAUUUCCAUCCUCGAUGUCAUGGUAACCCUGUUUUUCUACCACCCGGAAGGGUCUAUGAAGGGUCUACGGUACUUUGAAAUGUUUAUCAUUUGCUUGGUUCUCGCCGUGGUCGUGUGUUUUUGCAUCCAAAUGUCUAUGAUCCAUGGCGCUACCCCGGGGGAGGUUUUCAAGGGUUAUAUUCCGUCAAAAUAUCUCAUCGAGUCGGAAGCUAUCUAUCAGGCCUGUGGAAUUCUUGGCGCAACAGUCAUGCCUCACAGUCUGUACCUAGGGUCGGGAAUUGUUCAACCCCGCCUACGCGAAUACGAUGAGCGAAGUAGGCUUUUGCCUCGUCAGCUCGCGUCGGGAUAUACCGUUCUAGAUGAUGGUAUCGACAACGGCUACUAUGUCCCGUCCUUAGGCGCAAUUAAGCACUCGCUGACAGUAUCGAUUCUCGAGCUGGCCAUUUCGCUCUUCACGUUCGCCCUCUUUGUCAACUCCGCCAUUCUCAUCGUUGCUGGUGCCGCGCUAUAUCAAAACCCACUUGCCCUCGAGGCCGACAUCUUUGGUAUUCACGAUCUGCUUUCCAAGUCCAUUUCGCCCGCGGCAGGUAUCAUAUUCGCUCUGGCAUUGUUGCUGUCGGGAGUAUCAGCAGGAAUCGUCUGCACCAUCGCCGGCCAGAUGGUCAGCGAGGGCGCGCUGAACUGGAAGAUGAAGCCGUGGCUACGCCGCCUCAUAACCCGCACCAUCAGUAUCACACCGAGCAUCGUCAUCGCGGGAGCCGUGGGUCGCGAAGGGCUUAAUGCAGCACUCAAUGGGUCGCAAGUAGCGCUGAGUAUCAUACUUCCAUUUGUUACCGCGCCGCUGAUCUACUUUACCUGCCGCGAUAAAUACAUGACGGCCUAUCCCGGCAAAGCGCGCUGGCGCAUGGCGGGCAGGGAUGACGAGAGCGAUGCGGACCAGGUAAUUGGAGAGGGAGCCGAGCUCGAACCCGAAGGUGUCAAGAUGACCAACUCGUGGUACACAAUGAUUCUAGCCGUCUUGAUUUGGCUCUUCAUGUCAAUCAUGAACGUGGCUAAUCUAGUGUUCCUCGGCAAGUAA